AUGGCGAGGAAGCGCAACCGGGCGCAGCCGACGACCCUCAACGAGCGGCGCAAACGAGGAACUUGCAUCAAAAACGGACUGAGAGACCUGGGCGAUUUGGACGUCGCCCCGGCCGCUUGCUCCUCUGGAAAGGUCUCUACGGAUGCUUCAGCCAUGACUGCGGUGAAGGGCGCAUUAGCCGAGGAGGAGGGGGAGGAGACCUUCCCAUCGGCACCUCCUUCAUCUUCUUCCUCUUCGGCGCCGAGUGUGUUUGGACGAGGAUGGGACGAGUGGAAGCGUGUGAAGCAACUGCUAUUUGAUGCCCAGGACGGGGCGGAGGAAGCGGAGGCAAGACGCAAGGCUUUGGAUCGCAUCCAACUUGUGUGGAAGGCACGUGAACGUAAGCAUCGGCCGCUUCCGGCGUACGCGGAAGCCACAGCGUUGCUGAUGGAAGCCGUUUCACUCGAUGAGGGAAACUGCCUUUCAUCGUCGGGUGUCGUUUCUUUUUACGGCGCGGCAAUAUCGCGCGUGGUGCAUCUUAUGACAGGCACCUUCGCUCGUGGGGCUGCAGACACGUACAGGAAGCGGGCUCGCAUGAUUGGCUUUCCUGAGGAGGCGGUGGAGGUACGGCAACGCGUGGCACACGGCGCUCUCCCGCUCCUCUCUGAGCUUCGCUGGGUGUGUGGGAUGGUGCUACAGUUUUUGUUUCAGCACUACUGGGUAGAGCAGGAACGUCAUUUGCACCUCAUGGAGGAAGGGGGGGCGGAAGCUGCGGAGGAGGAUCCGAUGUCUGCAGCCGAGCCUCAACUCAAUGCCCCAAGUACGACGGUGGAGGAGAUGCGGCAGCUGCUUGCGGACCUUAGCGACGUCAGUGAGGGCGUCAGCAAUGACGCGAGCGACAAUGCUGAAUUUGCGCAGGGUGGGUGGCAACUGUGCUAG